CUUUGAUGAAGAAUUUGAGUGCAUAAACUCCUCGAUAUUGAAAGCUGAUGAUAUUUGUGAAUAUGUUGCAGAAGCGUGAGAUGACCAUGAAUCAAAUUUUGAUUUUUAUCAAUUAUAUUAUUGAGCAGGAAAUCAUAAUUAUGGAAUGGUUGUACCUCUUGUUAUCAUUAUUGUUCUGUGAUUUUACCUUUUAGGGUCGACUGCAGAUGAAUAUCUCUCCCCAGCCCUGGAAACUAUUUCAAAUAAAUUAGGCAUUUCAGAGGCUUUAGCAGGGGUGACCUUUUUAGCAUUCGGAAAUGGAGCUCCUGAUGUCAUCGGUGCUAUCUCUGCUUCAGGAGCAGAUCUUGAUGGAGCCUAUUUAGCACUAUCUGCAUUGCUAGGAGCGGGAUUUUUUGUAUCAGGAGUUGUGACUGCUUGUGUCACGCUGAUGUCACCUGUACAGAUUAAGCUCGAACCUCUAGAUUUCUUGAGGGAUACGGGCUUCUAUAUGCUUGGGCCCAUAAUACUCUUAAUAGCUGCAUUAGUAGGGAAGAUAUCUAUUCCUAUAAUAGUUUCAUUACUUGUGGUGUAUAUAGUGUUCAUCUUAGUAGUUAUCAUAACUUCUUGUCUUACUAAGAAGGAAAGAUCGUCUUCAAAGGACUCAUUUAGCGACAAAAAUACUGAUAUUGCUUGAGACAGUCAGGAAGGAUCGAUACUUGAUGACACUAUUGGUCCAUCAAAGAUUUCAAGGGAUGUUUCAAACCCUGAUGAAACUCCUUUGCUUGAUCAGGACUCCUCUGAAAUGAAGAUCAAUAAAAGUGAAAGAGCGACUGAUUCAGCUUUUGAUAGUGAUAGCCACUCUUUGAUUCACUGCCAGGAGAGUUUUAAGCAAAGCUCAAUGAAGCAUAACCAUUUUGAUCAUGAGGAAGAAAUUAAGGAAGUUGACAAUGAAUCUUUCUUUCAAGAUGAACCACGUAAGAAAAACAAUAGGAUUAAGAAUAAAAUGGCUUGGGGAUUAAUAAAAAUGCACAGGUUUGCUACUAAGGCUGUCCAGCAAGAAACUCCUUGGAAGGAGAUGAACUUCAUCCAAAAGAUCAUCUAUGUUCUCGUGGAUGCUCCAUUUACUGUCUUGAGGAGGCUCACUAUUCCUCCAGUGAAUGAAGAAACUUGGGAUAGAAGAUUUGCCGUUAUUAGUCCGGUAUUUUCAGUUACGAUGUUUUUCUUGGUAUCAGAAAUGAUUGAUUUCUCAGGCCCUCCACCGAUAGCUUACUAUUGCUUGAUUGGAGCAAGUUUGGUCCUAUCCAUCGUGAUUUAUUACACAACUAAACAGCAGCAUGCUCCCAAGAGGUUCAUUAUUGUUUAUGCAUUGGGAGGAUUCUUCAUGUCAAUCAUUUGGAUCCUAUUUGUUGCGAACGUCUUGAUUGACAUUUUAUCACUCCUGGGUGUUAUUUUUAGCUUGAAGCCUGCCUUCUUAGGUAUCACAGUGCUGGCCUGGGGAAAUUCAGUCGGAGAUAUGAUUGCCAACCUGGCAAUUUCAAAGAAAGGAUAUGCUAAGAUGGCCGUCACUGGAUGCAUUGCUGGGCCUCUAUUUAAUCUCUUCUUUGGACUUGGAAUCAGUCUAGGUAAGGAAGCUAUAGUUGGGAAUAUUAGUGACUUCUCGAUUCAUAAUACCAAAAGUGUGCUUCCUCUGGCUUGUGGUGGACUCUUGUUUGUUAACCUCCUGUUUUUGUCCCUGUCCAGUAUAUUGACGAGAUUCGUGCUGAGUAAAUGGAUAGCAGUGAUACAAAUCCUUUUCUUCAUUUGUGGAAUGGUAGGCCUUUCCAUACUUGCUUUUACUGUUGACUAACUAAUAAUUUGCAUUGGAAUAAUUAGA